AAACGAGGCUGGUUCGUUGUCAAAACAGUUGAGAGCGCUAGAUACAAACUCUGCUGUAAUAUCGGGAAAAUAUAACGUCUGAAAUCUCAUCUUUGAAAUGUCCGGUUCAGACGAGAGGUUUGCGUUUUUGGCUGAGUGGUAUGAUCCUCAAGCUGCCCUCACGAGAAAGUAUCAACUUCUUUUUUACGCUUCUGAUAAUUCCGUGGAAAUGUAUGACAUAAAGAAUCGCCGCCUUUUUCUAAAACGAUCAAAGUGUGAUCAAUACAAAGCAGAUGAUUUCUACAUUGGUGCAAUUGUGAACAUUCACUCAAGACAGCUCAAAAUCACAGAUUAUUGUGACAAGCAUACAACCAACAGGCUAAAAAAUAUCAAUGAAAAGACACUUGCUAUGAUUAAACCUGAUGCUGUUGGGUGCUUGGGAGGUAUUAUGGAGAUGAUAGACCAGGCUGGCUUCAAACUUUGCAGGGCCAAGAUGGUCAGACUCAAUAGGAAGGAGGCAUCUGAUUUCUACCAGGAACAUGCAAGUCAGCCAUUUUAUGAUCGUCUUGUGGAAUUCAUUUCAAGUGGUCCGGUGGUUGCCUUUGAACUCAAGGGACCAGGUGCUGUGGAUUCAUGGAGAAAAGUUUUAGGACCUACAGACUCAGCGACAGCUAGAAACCAGGCACCACUAUCAGUCAGAGCGAAAUUCGGAACAGAUAACACAAAAAAUGCUGCUCAUGGUUCUGACAGCACUGAAUCAGCUGAAAGGGAGGUUUCUUUCUUCUUUGACAAGAGAAGACAGAAUACAGCAGUCCUGAACAACUGCACACUGUGUGUAGUAAAACCACAUGCUGUGGCAGAUGGUCUUAGUGGUCGGAUAGUCUUAGCCAUACAAGACGCUGGAUUUGAGAUAUCUGCCCUACAGAUGUUUCAUUUGGAGAGGGCCAACGCUGAAGAGUUCCAUGAAGUCUAUAAGGGUGUGGUCAAUGAAUACAACAGCAUGGUGGAGGAAUUAUGCAGUGGCCCUUGCCUGGCCGUAGAAGUCAGAGGCCAAGAUGUCACAAAGACCUUCAGGGACUUUGUAGGUCCAGCAGACCCUGAAAUAGCAAGACACUUGAGACCCAAGUCUCUGAGGGCCAAAUUUGGCAAAGACAAGAUCAAGAAUGCUGUUCACUGUACGGAUUUGCCUGAAGACGGCCUGUUAGAGGUUGAAUACUUCUUCAAGAUACUGGAUGCCCUGAAGUAACGAGUGGCCAGUUCAGUCAUCAGUAACUAGUCUUAUCAUCUUUUGUACAGUGUAAAUAGUCCCUUGAUGAACCCACGCGUUUCUAGCCGGCUGACAUCUAACAAUAAAUAUGGUUAACAUUAAUUAAAUUGUAUUAUUUUUUGGUAAAAAUUUCCAAUUCCUAUGCCUUAUUCAGAGAUAAAUACUUCAAAAUACAGGAAAAUUAUUGUUUUGGAUUAACAUUCACCAAUAUAAGAUCAUUAAGUGUAUCAACUUUUUGAAUUGCCUCAUUCUAAGUACCAGAUGAUCGCUGUGUAGGCUCUAUAUCUAGCUACCGCUUGGCAGGGGACAAAUUGCAGGCUCACAGAAUCGUAGGAGCUGGAAAUGGAUCCCAUGGCUUCCCUAAAACCAGAUUAUUUGGCAGUCGUAGGAAGUUCCUACUCCCCUCCCAGAACAUUCCAUAUCGAUUGUUGGAAAAGAAAUGAUCAACACAAAAAGCACUAGGAUGUUAGCGCAAGCGCAAAUGGAAGCACAACACAAGUGUGAAUUAGUGAAACACAAGCACAAGAAAAUCAUGCAGUUGCUUUCUCUUGCCCUACUGCUUGCGCUUAUGUUCUAGUGAGAAUCGGAAAACUGUGCGUUCCGCUUGAGCUUAUGUCCAAUACAAGUGAGAACCAACCUUAAGAAUUAGAGACAGGAGAAAAGAUAACCUCAUUUUUUAAAACUAAUAAAUAAAUUUUAUUCACUCUUUACCAUAUUACUUGGUGUUUGGUGAAUUAGUGCACUAAGUGCAAUUACAACAAUUUCACAUUUUUUUCAAGCCUAAAUUACUAAGUAUUCUUCCUUGCAGCCGUUCUUGGUGGAUACACAAGGCUUCGAUUUUUUAAUUUUUUAAAUAAUUGUGGCAUACCAUUGAUUUGAUAUUAAGAUAAUCAAAAAGCCAGCUUCUAGAAAUCAUCAUAAUAAAUAUUACAAAUUUACUGAUUGGGUUGUAAAUUAAAAAAAGUUAUAAAAUAAAAUUUGACUGUUUUCAGUGAAGUGCAACCCUUGCACUUACCCCUA